AUAGGUGCCUUGCGGCUGUGGCGUUGGAUAAAUGUGGCAUGAUAGCCUUUUCUUUUUCUUCCUUCCCCCGCCUGCUACUGUACCACUGUACAAUAACUCGUCAUGAUCACAGGCCAUUUCGCCCACAUUCUCAAUAUAUUGAAGAAAUGGCUUUCACGACUUGCACGUCGCUCUGCGAGUUUAUUCUUCGUUGUCUUGUCUUCACUGCAUCGCUUUGUAGCAGGUCAUUUAAAGUUCGGUGAUCGGAGAUUGAUCACUCGUUUUCCCAGCGGGGUGCUCCCGCGAUCUCAAGAGGAUAUCAGAGGAGAGGGUUCACCCAUUUGCCCGAGCCUUCUGCCGCCUGGUCAAAUGGGGCGGGAAGCUACGGAGGAGCCUCCAUCGCCUUCAGACGAUCCUUACACAGGAUCCGAUUCACGACAUCCACGACCUUUACGAAGGGGUACAGCAAUCCCUCCGUUGGACGCUCAUACAACACCGAUAGGAUGCACCAGUGCCACUCAAACAGAUGGGCUCCAUCAAGGUUCUGUGUCAAGCUUACAUCUGUCUCCGCAUAUGGAAGAGAGUUCCUUGAAAAGCAAGUCGUUCCCAAAGGACGGGGCAUUGCAGGAGUUCAGCAGUUCAGGUCCUUCACGCCUUUCUGACUUCCAUGAAAUCUCCACAACACAUUCACGACCACGAGGAUACAUGGACGAUACUCACUCUAUUAAUACAACGCACACGCGAUCCAUGAGGCACUUGGCGCCUGGUAUGCCUUAUUCCCAAUACGCGUCAGAUAGUCGUGUUUCGCUGCGUAUCGAACACACACGGGACCUGUCUAUUCUCGCCCGAUUAGCGUCUCUAGUGUCGCUGUGCCAUUAUCAGAUCAUGGGUUCGGUCAUCAUGUGCAUUAUACCGCUCCCCCCGGCAGCAAUGAGUUACCGGGCCAAGAGGUCGUCAUGGUCUAUGACGGCCCAAAGACAUGCCCUAUGGUUGCAGAUAAUGUCAGGAGGUAUGAGAGGUGCCAUUUCCGGUGAACAUCACUCUUUCAAGAAUGAAUGUGCCCCAGGGAUGGACCGCGUUCGUGCACCCGGAAGGUGCCCGCUAUUUUGUGAACCAAGAAACAAGAACAUUUACAGAAAUGAAUGUUUGUGA